AUGGGUGGGAACGGUGGUCAGAGCACUGUGACUUCGUAUGCGACAGUGGCUGGCGCCGGUCAACAGCCGACUUCUCACGGCACUGCAACUUCAUCUUCAUCCAGUAGCACGAGUAGCGCCGGUUUGAUGGGCGGCAACGGCAACGACAACCAGAACACACCUCCUGCAGGUACUAUUGCGGGAGGCGUGGUUGGUGGCGCAGCAGGUCUGGCGAUGGUCCUUCUCAUUGCUAUGCUGUUCCUUCGGUGGUAUAGGCGAAAAUCGCAACGAGGCCAGACGGCGCUACCAGCUGGUGCAGACUUCUCUUCCGACUUUGGUCACGGAAGGUCAAGAGGGCCAGGCAUGGCUGAGCGGGCAGGGCUGAUGCCUGCCCUAGGCGCCGUGCCUGCGCUUUUCCGACAUCAGAAUCGCAAUUCUGCAGUGUCAUCAGAGCCUACCGAACGUGGCUUUCAGCGCGUCUCCGGACGCAAGCUCCCCUCUUCGUUCAGCCCUGGCAUGACUGCAGCCGAAGGUGCUGGCGGCGCAGCGGCUGCCAUGCCCUUGGCUGAGCACGAGCGAAAUCUUAGCGGCAACUCCUAUUUCCACAAUAGUGGCGGCUCCCUCGGCGCAGCAGCAGGGGGAGCCGGACCCUUCUCGGACGCGGCUGCGAUUCACGACAAUGAUCGCGACGAGCAAAUGACGUUGUCGCCAGGCCCGCAGCGCAGGCCUACAGUACACGCGGGUGGGCCGUAUAAUAUGUCGUCGCCACCUACUACUGCCUCGUCGACACUGGCACCGGCUACAACGCCGAAGAGUCCACGCAUGGACAGGCCCACUUCACCGCAAGGGACGGUGGGUACGUCAGCAACAUUUGAUCGAAGCGAGACGCCGUCUUCGCUCGAUUGGAAUAGAGGAAGUAAAUUCACGGAGGAGGUGUAG